AUGGCUAACGAAAGCGAAGUUAGAUCUCUAAUGUCGUUGUCGUCACGAUCUGAAGGCAGUACAGCUGCGCAGAUGCGGAGUCGAUGGCGGAAUGCUCCAUUGCACGAACGAUGUUCCAUGAACGAUAUGGUUAAGUUAAAGGAUGCUUUCGAGUCAGCUUACAAGAACAUAAUGAUGGCCAACGAGUUUAGAACUUUAUUAAAAGUUUUGCUUAAUGUGGAAUAUGAUGACGAAGAGUACAAGAUUUUAUUUCUCAAGAUAAACACAAGUCGUUCGGGUGAGAUAAAUUGGGAUGAGUUGGUAUCACAUCUGAUCCUGGGCUACUUUGGUAACGACGCAGAAAACCAGCGGGAAAGUCUGCAACCACCCAUUAUGGGCUUACCAACGGUUAUGCGCUCGCAGCACAGGCAUCCUGUAUCCAGAGUAUGCUUUAGCCCUGAUGUCGCUAAGGAUCGAACGACAGACCCUAUGCAAGGAACCUACAUGACGGCAAGUCGUGACGGCAUGAUCAACUGGUGGUCUCUCGACAUGAGCCUGUUGAGGACCGCCUACUCCUCUAGCCCUCACUUGAAGGUGCGCACGACGUGGGUGACAGACAUGGUUUGCAUGCCAGACGUGAAUAUCAUUGUGACGAGUUCCACGGAGCGAGACCUUCGCUUCUACGACUGCACCGCUGGAACCUUUACCCUCAAAAUUGUAAUCAGCAGCUGGGAGGAUAUGAUCUGCACAAUGCACUACCAUUUCGAAGCGGAUGAGAAGGAGAAAUGUAUCUUGAUAUGCGGCGACGUGGGAGGUAACAUGCGCGUGCUUCUCUUCUCCCCUAUCAAGCGUGGGCCCUUCCGCAACGAGGCGGGCCGCGCGCUCAUACAGCUCAGGCACGUUGAUCUGCAGCGGAAACCCCACCUUCUGCCGGAAUUGAAGUUAGUGGAGCUGACCCGUAUCCACGCGGAGUGGGUGCGUCAGGUGUCGUACUAUGCGUCGUUGCACUGCGUGGUCUCCUGCGCCACGUGCCCUGACUCUCUGCUCAUGUGUGACAUGUAUGGCUCCAAGACACACAACAUGUUCAGAGUCGACAAGGGUAUCCAGUGCUUUGCGUUUGAUGAGGAAGCUCACGUGCUGGUAACGGGUGGACCAGACUGCAUAGUACGAGUAUGGAGCCCAUUCGUACCCACCAAGGCCAACGUCAUCUUUCUGGGUCACCACGCUGGCAUCACCUGUGUGGUACUGCAGAACUCGGGACAAACCAUUUAUUCCCUUUCUCGGGACAGAGUCAUUAAAGUUUGGGAUGUGCAGGGUCAGGUGUGCAUACAGACGUACAUAGACAUUCCUUCAGUGGUAGGAGAGAGAACACCAAUAUCUGCUGUGUACCAGCCAGGGACUCGGGAGUUUGUUCUAGCAGCCAUCAAGAUCGCCAUCGUAGUGCUGGACGAGCAGCUGAACCCUCAACAUACAGAUGGGUUUACGCACUCCCGCGCAGUUGCCAAGGUGCUGUACAAUCCACUGUUCAAGGUCAUCAUCACUUGUGGCAUGGACAGUAUCAUUAUUAAUUGGAAUCCAGUUACUGGUCAACGCAACGUAAUGGUCCGUGACGCGCACACCCGUUUGCUGCACGGCGAGCUCAUUCCCGUGGAGAUCACGGCCGGGUGUUUCGACCCUGGGUACCAGCUGCUUCUAACUGGCGCUAGGAAUGGGGAGCUCAAGGUGUGGAAUUUUAACACAGGUCUUUGCUUGAGGAUUAUGACCAUAGAACAUAUGUGCGAAGUUACCAACUGUUUCUGGGUCGAAGGCAGGAUUCUAGCCGUGGGUUGGAACCGCCACGUGACAGAGUUUGAAGACACAGGCAUGGCGAUGACGGGCAAGGCAUGGGAGACGCGCCAUUCAGAUGAUGUGUUAGCUGCGGCAUCCAGACCCCCUAUUUCUCUUGCGACUGCAUCUUACAACUCAGAGCUUCUGCUGUGGAAGAUGGAGACGGGCCAACCGUACAGACGUUUCUCAUGCACGGAGCCAAUGUUGCGCAUCAAGAUGCACUACAACAGGCGAGAAUCCACUAAGACAGGUGCUGGGACAACCAAAGAGGGUGGUCAAAGAAAGAGUUUUACUUCGUUCCGGAAACCCAGCGUCCGCGAUUCUAUCGAUACUGCCACAGCGGUGCAGAAGGCUUACGCGCGCCGCGUGUCCACGGUGACGGUACCCUCGCGCGUUCAGAACAUGCGCCAUCUCUCCGUGCACGCCAUGAUCUUCCUGCUCACGAGACCGUUCUCAAUGCAUGUUGCUUCCCUCAUGGUCGCGCUGGAGAACGGCCAGGUGCAAUGUUGGUCUGACCACCCGGCGGGCGGGUUCCAGGGCUCGUUCCAAGUCCACCACGCCGCCGGGGACUACGUGGCAGCCUUCGCCACGGAUAUCGACAACGAGUUCCUAUUUACGGGAACCACUUUCGGAUACGUCAAAGUAUGGCUUAUGAGUAACUACCUCAGGAAUGAAAAGGUGCACGUGAACAUGUGUCGCCUUCGGCUGAAGUUCCCGUUCCUGUGGCGCGACCGCAUCGAGGGUCGUGCUAAGCGCUGCGUCCGUGAUCAGCCGCUGCCGGUGCUGCUCAACAGCUACCGAGCGCACCUGCGCUGCAUCACCACCAUGGCGUACAUUGAUGAACUGGAGCUACUCUUCACUGGCAGUUCAGACUACAGCGUCCGCGUUUGGCGAUUAUCCGGGGAGUACUUGCAGACGUUGGGCAGCUUCUUGCCCUGGACCCUCGAGCUCACAAGGUUCCCACCUGACGUUAAAAAAGUCGCCAGCUUCACCACAUUCAAGGUAUGGCGCGGCGGGUGGGUGUCGCGCUACGUGCCCGGGCAGGUGGAGGUGGACAAGUUGCGCGACAUCACGGAGCUGGAGCUCAAGACCAAGACGUUCGGCGCGCCGCCCGAGGAGCCGCUGCUCGGCCACUACUACAAACUGCCGAAGCGACCGGACAGACAAGACACGAUCAUACUCAACGAUUCCUUACAAACGAUCCCGCUGUACGCGCACCUGCGCAUGGCAUCGACGCAGCCGGUGCGGCGGCCGCCCACGCCCGAGCUGGUGCGCGAGACGCGCCUCAAGCGCCAGCUGCACCAACUCAAGCACACGCACUUCGACAACACCGAGGCUCCGAACCCUGACCCACCCGCCAAGACCUGA